AUGAGCCGCCAAUUCACCUGCAAGUCAGGAGCUGCCACCAAGGGGGGCUUCAGUGGCUGCUCAGCGGUGCUCUCAGGGGGCAGCUCAUCCUCCUACCGGGCAGGGGGCAAAGGGCUCAGCGGGGGCUUUGGAAGCCGGAGCCUCUACAGCCUGGGGGGCAUCCGGAAUAUCUCCUUCAACAUGGCCAGUGGCAGCGGAAAGAGCGGAGGCUAUGGGUUUGGUCGAGGCCGGGCCAGUGGCUUUGCUGGCAGCAUGUUUGGCAGUGUGGCCCUGGGACCCGUGUGUCCAUCUGUGUGUCCUCCAGGGGGCAUCCAUCAGGUCACUGUCAACGAAAGCCUCCUGGCCCCCCUCAACGUGGAGCUGGACCCGGAGAUCCAGAAAGUGCGAGCCCAGGAGCGGGAGCAGAUAAAGGCUCUGAACAACAAGUUCGCCUCUUUCAUUGACAAGGUACGGUUCCUGGAGCAGCAGAACCAGGUGCUGGAGACCAAGUGGGAGCUUCUGCAGCAGCUGGACCUGAACAACUGCAAGAACAACCUGGAGCCCAUCCUCGAGGGCUACAUCAGCAACCUGCGGAAGCAGCUGGAGACGCUGUCCGGGGACAGGGUGCGGCUGGACUCGGAGCUGAGGAGUGUGCGGGACGUGGUGGAAGACUACAAGAAGAGGUAUGAGGAAGAAAUCAACAGGCGAACAGCUGCAGAGAAUGAGUUUGUGUUGCUCAAGAAGGAUGUGGAUGCUGCUUAUGCCAAUAAGGUUGAGCUUCAGGCCAAAGUGGACUCCAUGGACCAGGAGAUCAAGUUCUUCAAGUGUCUCUAUGAAGCCGAGAUCGCUCAGAUCCAGUCCCAUAUCAGCGAUAUGUCCGUCAUCCUGUCCAUGGACAACAACCGGGACCUGAACUUGGACAGCAUCAUUGAUGAGGUCCGUGCCCAGUAUGAGGAGAUCGCCCUGAAAAGCAAGGCCGAGGCCGAGGCGCUGUACCAGACCAAGUUCCAGGAGCUGCAGCUGGCAGCUGGCCGGCAUGGGGAUGACCUCAAGAACACCAAGAAUGAGAUCUCAGAGCUCACCCGGCUCAUCCAGAGAAUCCGCUCAGAGAUUGAGAAUGUGAAGAAGCAGGCUUCCAACCUGGAGACGGCCAUCGCCGAUGCCGAGCAGAGGGGUGACAAUGCCCUGAAGGACGCCCGGGCCAAGUUGGACGAGCUGGAGUCCGCCCUGCACCAGGCCAAGGAGGAGCUGGCCCGGAUGCUGCGCGAGUACCAGGAGCUCAUGAGCCUGAAGCUGGCCCUGGACAUGGAGAUCGCCACCUACCGCAAGCUGCUGGAGAGCGAGGAGUGCAGGAUGUCAGGAGAAUUUCCCUCCCCAGUCAGCAUCUCUAUCAUCAGCAGCACCAGUGGCAGCGGCGGCUAUGGCUUCCGGCCCAGCUCCGUGAGCGGCGGCUACGUGGCCAGUAGCAGCAGCUGCAUCUCUGGCGUGUGCAGCGUCCGCGGCGGGGACGUCCGGGGCAGGGGCAGCAGCAGUGACUACAAAGAUACCCUGGGGAAGGGCUCCAGCCAAAGCACCUCCUCCAAGAAAGCCAGCAGGUAGAGAGGGCUGCUCCCUGCCCUCCCGCCACCCCUGCAUCCGCAGCUGUCUUCCACAUGCUCUGUCCCCCAGCCUGCUGUCAGCCCCCUCUCCCCCCUGCCCUGCCGUUGUCCCUCUG